AUUUUUCCGGUUUUUCGAGCAGUUGCAGACAUUUUUCAAAAACAUCUGGCAUCUCUGUUGCUUCGAAAUGGAAUAAUCUUCACAUAACGAAAUUUUGAAUUAUUCAAAAUUCUCUUCAAACAUCAUGGAUUUCGAGAAAAUAUGCCGCCUGUGCUGUGAGGAAAAGUCCCAAAUGCAGUCACUGUUCGUCCAAUCCGAUCAACACUUCUGGAAAGACAUUUUUUCGAAAAUUCUUCAAAUAAAUAUUGACAAAAAGGAUGGUUUACCACAGAGUAUAUGCAGUAACUGUAUGACCGUCAUGGAAAAUAUUCAAGAAACAAUUGAACAGUUUCGUGCUAAUGAUAAUAUGCUUCGGGAGAAGUUGCGUGAAGCUUUUGUACCCGCAAUUAAAACCGAAGUAGUUGAAAUCGAAGAUGAACCCAGAACAGAAAUUUUUCAAAUUGAAAUAAACACUGAUGAUACUGAUAUUAAAGAUGAACCCUAUUCUUCACAAGAUGAAUUAAAUCUAGUGGAAAAAGAUGAAGCUAUCGAAAGUUUGCAAGAGUCUGAUUCAAAGCUCGAUGAUCCCAACUGGUCGCAAAGCAGUGAAGAGAAACCUGUAAAGAAACGGAGGAAGCGCCAGCCUAAAGAUCCAAACGAAGUGAAACCAGUCGGUCGUAGACGGCGCAAGAAAGAUCCAAAUCUUCCCCAUGUCAACGAUCACAAAUGCUACAUUUGCAAGAGCGAGUCGCUCGGUUCCAAUGAGGCGUUGUACAAUCAUUUAUACUGCCAUAAUGACCAACUGCCGUACACGUGUACCAUUUGCGUAAAGGAAGUCAUUGUUAUAGAUAACGUUUCUACGCUAAACAUUCACAAACGGAUGCACGAGCUGCCGGUGAAAUGCGAUCAUUGCGAUCGACGUUAUUUAACGAAAUAUACCUACGCACAGCACGUGCAGCGUGAUCAUUCGGGCGGAAAUGUUCCCUCCAAUUGCGAGCUAUGUGGCAAAGUGUGUCCUUCCAAAGUAUCCCUGCAGUAUCAUAUGUUAACGCAUACGAAAGCGGUCAGCUGCGAGUACUGUGGAAAAAUGUUCAGCCAGAAGCACAAACUCGAGCUGCACAUUAGGCGGAAGCACGGCGAGUCGACGAUGAUCGAAUGUCACAUCUGCAACAAAAAGCUAAAAAGUUUGGACUCACUAAGGUGUCACAUACAAAUCUAUCAUCUGAACCAGGAGUUUAAGUGUAGCUAUUGUGACAAAAGUUACGCUGCUGAAACUUCUCUAAGAUAUCACGAAAAAAAGCACGAACAAAACCCGGACUAUAAAUCGAGCAAAGAUUGGAGGCAGUACUACACUUUCGUCGAGGCGAGCUCCGGGUUGCAGAGCAGCGGGCGGCUGAAGAAGUGCAACCUUUGCCAGGAGGUGGUCAAGUCUAUUGGCGUCCAUCUGAAGAAUAUGCAUUUCAGCGACCCGUUCAGCUGUAAUCUGUGCGGCGCUGCCUUCAAGAGACGAGAUUUCUACGACAUGCACAUGCUAGAGCAUAAGCACGGCAAAAUGUACCAAUGUCCGAUCUGUAACAAGGAAUUUUACAUGAAACGUCUCCUGUUGGCACACCUUAAAACGCAAAAGCAUCGAGAUCAUCCGCUGGCAAAGAACCUAGACUGGCUGCUUGAGAAGGAAAUGAACGUCCGAGAACUGCUGAUAAUGGAAACCAAUAGUGCAGCCCAAGCGGCAGAAACAAACUCCGAAUCUGUGAGCAAAAUCUAAUAUCCUUUUUUGCUUUGAGUUUUUUCAGUGUCCACAAAAUUUUUAUCUUCAAAAAGUGAAUUAUUUUCUCUUAUUUCUAUCGAAUAUGCGCUUAUCAAUACGGCGUCGAUGUUAUAAAUAAAUCUAAUUGAAUAAAAAUAUUCAAA